AUGAAAACCCUCCAUAGCCAUGUCAGCACCUUCAUCUUCACAUUCUUUCUAUUCUACCCUUUUCUCUGUGUAGCCAUUGACACCAUCACACCCACACAACCCCUCACCAUCAAUCAAACUCUAGUCUCUAAUGGUGAAGUUUUCGAGCUGGGUUUCUUCAACACAAGCAAUAAUCUGUAUAUAGGAAUUUGGUAUAAACAAAUACAACCCAUAACAUAUGUUUGGGUAGCUAACAGAGAUACCCCCAUUACUUCAUCCUCCGGGAACCUAACCAUCGUCGACAACGGCAACAUGGUGCUGGUAGAUCAAGCGGGAACCAUCGUCUGGUCGUCAAAUCAAUCUACACCGGUGGUGAAGACGGUGGCGCAGCUUUUGGACAAUGGUAACUUUGUGCUUCGUCCGGAAAAUGAUGAGAACCCGGAGAAUUACAUUUGGCAAAGCUUUGAUUAUCCGACUGAUACUCUAUUGCCGGAGAUGAAACUGGGGUGGGACAGGAAAUCUGGAAUUAAUCGGUUUCUGAAGUCGUGGAAGACGAAUGAAAAUCCGGCGACCGGUGAUUAUUCUUUUAAACUGAAUAUCAGUGGGUUCCCGGAAAUUUUGGCAACUAACAAUGAAAAUAUAACUUGGCGGAGUGGGCCCUGGAACGGGAGAACUUUCAGCGGUACACCGGAGAUGAAUGGGGUGAGUAUUUUGCGUUUUGAAUUUCAGGAGAAUUCCGAGGAGAUUGUUUAUUCUUUUGAAAUACCCAAUAGUUCUGUUUAUUCGCGAGUCGUUAUAAUUUCUUCUGGUAUAAGUGAAAGACUUGUUUGGGCAGAAACAACAAAAACUUGGAAUGUAUUCUGGGCUUUUCCCGGUGAUUUAUGCGAUCACUUUGGUGAAUGUGGUCCGUUCGGCGUUUGUGAUGCAACCACUGCACCGGUCUGUAAUUGUAUGACAGGAUUCCGGCCGAAAAACAAACAAGCAUGGGAUCUACGAGAUGGGUCUGAUGGAUGUGUUCGGAGCUCCGAAUUGGAUUGUGGGUCGGAUGAAUUUCUGCUGUUGAAGCACAUGAAAUUGCCGGAGAGUUCGAAGGCGAUUGUUAAUCAGACGAUGAAUCUGAGCGAGUGUGGUGAGAUUUGCAAGAGGAGUUGCUCUUGUGUGGCUUAUGCUAAUAUGAAUAUCACUGAAGGCGGGUCGGGUUGUGUGAUUUGGGAAGUGGAUCUCAUCGAUAUGAGGCAGUAUGCUGAUUUUGAAGGUGGUGGACAAGAUCUUUACGUUAGAGUUACAGCUUCUGAUUUGGACAAAACACCGAUGAUUAAAAGGUCUAAAAAUGGCUCUAGUAGUGACAACAAAGUUGUCAAACCUGUCGCCAUUAGCAUCGGUGUUUUUGCGCUGGUGACAGUUCUAUUGAUACUCUUUUACUUGAGGAAGAAGAAGAUACGAUUGUCGAAGAAAGCAGAGGCAGAGACAAAAGGUCCACGAGAAAGAGCCGAAGAUUUCUUAUUAAAUGAUGGGAGUGUUGUGCCAAAUAAAAGAGAGAUGGAUGAACUAGAAUUACCUCUGUUUGAUUUCUCAACACUUGUUACGGCCACAAACAACUUCUCAAAUGAAAAUAAACUUGGACAAGGCGGGUUCGGGUGUGUUUACAAGGGUAAAUUAAUGGAAGGUGAAGUUGUAGCGAUAAAAAGACUCUCAAGAAUUUCUGAUCAAGGGAUUGAGGAACUAAAAAACGAGGUACGAUUAAUCGCGAAACUGCAACAUCGAAACCUUGUUCGGGUAUUAGGUUGUUGCAUUGAAGCCGAAGAGAAGUUAUUAAUUUAUGAAUUCAUGGAAAAUAAAAGUCUUGAUAUGUUCAUUUUUGAGAAAGAGAAAAGCAUGACACUCAAUUGGAAAAGCAGACUUGAGAUCAUGUGUGGGAUUGCUCGAGGGCUUCUUUAUCUUCAUCAAGAUUCAAGAUUUAAAAUCAUUCAUCGAGAUCUAAAGGCUAGUAAUAUUUUGCUCGAUAAAGAUAUGAACCCAAAGAUAUCUGAUUUUGGUAUGGCACGGAUUUUUGGAAGUGAUCAAACCGAUGCGAAAACAAAGAAAGUGGUUGGAACAUAUGGUUAUAUGUCUCCUGAAUAUGCAAUGGAUGGACAUUUCUCAACAAAAUCAGAUGUUUUUAGUUUUGGGGUUUUGGUUCUUGAGAUAGUGAGCGGUAAAAGGAACACAGGAUCAUCUUACUCGAGUAGCCAACAUAACCUCCUUGGAGAAACCUGGACUUUAUGGAAAGAAGGCAAGGCUUUAGAACUAGUAGACAAAUCUAUGGGGGCCAAAUUUUCAGAGAAUGAAGUAUUGAGAUGCAUACAAAUUGGACUAUUAUGUGUUCAAGAACAUCCAGAAGAUAGACCUAAUAUGUCAAAGGUGUUAUUUUUAUUGUGUAGUGAAACUGUACAAAUAUCACCACCAAAGUAUUCUGGAUUCUUUAUUAGAAGAAGAAAUACUGAAACAGAGUCUUCAAGCCAACAAGAUGAUUUCAUGACCAUAAACGAAAUUACAGUAUCAAUAUUGCAUGGUAGAUAGGGAAACUAGCAACUAGCUACCAUAUAGUACAAAUAUCUUAAUGAAUUUUGCUUUUUAAUUCUUUUAUUACAACAAGGGAGAUUAUGCCAUAUUUAACACCU